GCAUUAAACAACGCAAGUAAAUCCCAGAGGAAUAAAAAAAAAUGACUAAAUACGUGAUCGCAUACUUUGCAUUGGCAGUUCUUGGAUUCGUGGCUGCUGAUGUCUCGCACUUGCCAAUCGUUCAACAACAAAACGCUGCUGCAGCUGCUCCUCAAGCCGGUAAUGCACCUGUUACGGAAGCCUGUUUAGGAUGCAUUUGUGAAGCCAUGUCGGAAUGCAAACUCGGAACACAAUGCGAAGGAGGCGUUUGUGGACUUUUCCGUCUCACAUGGAGCUAUUGGGCUGAUGCGGGCAAACCAACACUCGCUGGCGAACUUCCAACAUCAGAAACAGCUUAUGCCAAUUGUGCCAAUGACCCCUUGUGUGCUGCGACUGCCGUUCAAGGAUACAUGUCUAAAUACGGCAACAAAGAUUGCAAUGGCGAUGGAAAAAUUGAUUGUCGCGAUUACAUGAACACGCAUUAUUUGGGCGGAUACAACUGCGUAGGUCAAUUGCCUCCAAUCCAAGGCGGCAGAUUCGAACAAUGCUUGAAACAAUUGGGUAUUUAAGGUGUUUCUUCUUGGAAAGUGACAUGAUCAGAUGAGGCAUUUUAGUCAAUAAGAAGAAAAAAAAAGAGAUAAAUUAUUUUGUUAAUUAAGAGUUUUAACUAAGUUUAAGAUGUGAUUCAAGAAAUUUGCAAAUAAAAAUAAAA